AUGCCAGAGGGAAAGGCGCCACACUUCCCACAGCAGCCAGUCGCCCGUCAGAACGACGAUGGCUCUUUGGAGCUUGAGUGCUUCGUUGAUGCCAACCCUCAGCCAACGAUCAAAUGGUAUUACGACAAUAACGAAGUCGAGAAGAAGGAUCGUUUCACUCAAUCUCUUCAGAACAAGGGCGGAGACUCUUAUUCAGCAAUUCUUUCGAUUAAGGACUUGGCUGAUUCCGACGCCGGAGCAUACAGAUGCUGCAUUGUCAACCCGCACGGAAAAGGAAACGCUAACUUCAACUUGAAGCUUACUGGAUUCUCGUCGCCAACAUUUGUGGAAAAACCGCAAAUCUCGUCCCGCGAUGACGGGCAGGUUAUGGUUAUGGAGUUCCGCUGCAAGUCCAUUCUUCCACCAACCUUCGUGUGGAAUAGAAUCCAGCCAAACAAGGGUGAGGAGAUCAUUUGCCAAUCGGACCGCGUUAAGUUCGAGUCCCGCAAGGAAUCCAAUGAUAUCUACUAUGUGACUCUUGAGAUCAAAGAGCCAAGCAAAGAAAAAGACGCCGGACAAUUCGUGUGCACCGCCAAGAACGAAUCAGGAAAGCUCACUGCUACCUUCACUGUGAAGUUUGAAGUUCCUGAGGGAGCUCCAUCAUUCACCCGGAAGCCACAAAUUCUCCAGCAAACCUCUGCUUCCGGAGAGCCAGCCAUCUGCUUCGACAUCGGCUACACGGCAAAAUUGAACCCACAAGUCACCUGGAUCUCGCCAAAGAACAAGAAGAUGAAGGAGUCGAACCGUGUUCAUUUCAAGACCUCCGACGAAGGAAACGGCAACUGGACCGCUCAAUUGGAGCUCACCAACUACAAGGCAAAGGACUCGGGUACCUACACUUGCAACAUCAAGAACGACGCCGGAGAGGCCAACGUUGAGCUCACUCUCAACAUUGAAGGACCACUUGAUGAUGGUGGUGAGGACAGCGAGUCUUAA